AUGAUGCUUGCAGCUGCACAGAAUGAUGACACUAAAGCAGAGGAGAUUGCUAAACUUCCAAAGGCCCUUCAUGAUGCACUUAAAAACUCACAACUGAGAGUGAAAUUCACAAGGGGGAAGAAGAUCCCCCUCCUCCAGGAAUUCACCAACCCCAAUGUGAUGAUUGAGCCUUGGUCCAAAGAAGGCAAAGCAUGGCUAAACAACCCCACCAGCAUGUGCAAGGCACUCCAAGCCAGAUGGCACCAUUUGAUUGGCAUUCUUUGGAUGUUGCAAAGGGCAUUCAACAGCCAACCGGUCCUCCUGAUGUCAGCAUUGGAAAAGCUUUCCAGGUGCUUGGGCUUAUCACAUAUCUGUCAUGGUUCUGACACCAUUUUGAGACACAUGGCAAGUUUCCCAGCAUGUUUGGCCAUUCAGGAUGAUGGAUCUGCAGUUUUCCUUGACCUCUUCCACAGCAUAGAUGAUGAGGUGAAAUGUGCACCAGUGUACAAACACAAUGUGCUGAAGACAGUGUUCAGUCACCAAUAUCUAGGAUUGAUAAUUGACAAGGCACAUAAUCAUAAGGCAUGCAAGUUCAACAAAUUCCAUCAGGCCAUCAUUGGCCUCCAUCACCAAUCAGCAAUGAUCAUUGCCAUGUCUGUGAUGCCAAUCAUGACACAGCUUCAGGUAAGAUUUGUGGAUUAUGGGCUGGAUGAUAUCUUUGGCCUUCCACCAUACCAGGAAUACAUCAUGCUCCUCAAACUGCAUAAGUGGGAGAGGAGUGGCCUUGCAACAAUUACUGAGGAGUUGGUACACUCACCCUUGAUGAUGAAGGAUGUCCAGGGUGCCUGCUGCCAUGGCAAGCAUGAAUUCCCUGGUGUGGGAACCAAAAUGUGUCAUUGCUCACAUGACAUGGGCAUCCUGGACACCCCUCAUGUACUGAGUCAUGUCAUCAGCUUGACUCAGUCCCUUGCCUUGGGUCAGUCAAUGGCAGUUGACAAGCCUGUUGGGAAGGAACCCAAUCAUAUUACCAUCUUCUCAGCUUUCCCCAGCUCUGAUGCAGCCAUCAUCAAUGUUCUGAAAUUACAUGGCAUCAAAGCUUUGGAGCUCCAUGGGAAGCUCAGCCCAGCAAAGCACAAAUCAGUGUUGAAUGAGUUCCACCAGUCCACACAAGAGGCUGGCACUGGUGUAUUGAUACUGUCAAUGGAUAUGCUGUGGUCCACAUUGGAGGAUGAGCAAUUGUGUAGUUGGAUCUAUUGA